UAUAUUUAUGUGGGGAAGUGGCAAGUUGCUGCAGGCAGAACUGACUUCCGUGUAUCUUUCAGCACAUUAGCAUCAAUGGGAAGAUACAGUGUGAGCCCUGUCCCCAAAUGUCUUCUACUGAUGUUCCUGGGUUGGUCAGGGCUGAAGUAUUACCAAGUGAAUGCAGCUCAGCUCAGGGAGUACCAUAUAGCUGCUCAGCUGGAAGACUGGGAUUACAACCCCCAACCUGAGGAGCUAUCCAGAUUAUCAGAGUCAGAUCUUACGUUUAAAAAAAUUGUCUAUAGAGAAUAUGAACUAGAUUUCAAACAAGAGAAGCCAAGAGAUGCGCUCUCAGGGCUCCUAGGGCCAACACUACGUGGAGAAGUGGGAGACAGCCUCAUAAUUUAUUUCAAGAAUUUUGCUACUCAGCCUGUGAGCAUUCACCCGCAGAGUGCCGUGUACAACAAAUGGUCAGAAGGUUCUUCAUAUUCUGAUGGAACAUCAGAUGUGGAAAGACUGGAUGAUGCUGUGCCUCCAGGCCAGUCGUUCAAGUAUGUGUGGAAUAUCACUGCAGAAAUUGGGCCAAAGAAAGCUGAUCCUCCCUGUCUCACUUAUGCGUACUACUCACAUGUAAACAUGGUGCGAGACUUUAAUUCUGGUCUCAUUGGUGCUUUGCUGAUAUGUAAAAAAGGAAGCCUGAAUGCAAAUGGUGCACAAAAAUUCUUCAACAGAGAAUAUGUGCUGAUGUUUUCUGUGUUUGAUGAAAGCAAGAACUGGUACAGAAAGCCCUCACUACAGUACACAAUUAAUGGGUUUGCCAAUGGAACAUUGCCUGAUGUUCAGGCUUGUGCUUAUGAUCAUAUUACCUGGCAUUUGAUAGGAAUGAGUUCCAGUCCUGAGAUCUUCUCUGUUCACUUCAAUGGACAAACCUUGGAACAAAACCAUUACAAAGUGUCAACCAUCAACCUUGUCGGAGGUGCCUCAGUAACAGCCAACAUGUCAGUGAGCAGGACAGGAAAAUGGCUAAUAUCUUCUCUGGUUGCAAAGCAUCUACAAGCUGGGAUGUAUGGUUAUCUAAAUAUCAAAGACUGUGGAAAUCCAGAUACUUUAACAAGAAAGUUAUCCUUGAAACAAUGGAGGAAGAUUAAGAACUGGGAAUAUUUCAUUGCUGCAGAAGAAAUCACCUGGGAUUAUGCUCCAGAAAUUCCUAGCAGUGUUGACAGCAGAUACAAAGCUCAGUAUCUGGAUAAUUUUUCAAAUUUUAUUGGCAAGAAAUACAAAAAGGCAGUUUUCAGGCAAUAUGAAGACGGCAAUUUCACUAAACCGACCUAUGCCACUUGGCCCAAAGAACGUGGAAUUCUGGGCCCCGUUAUCAAAGCUAAAGUCAGAGACACAGUAACAAUUGUAUUCAAAAAUCUGGCCAGUCGACCUUACAGCAUUUAUGUGCAUGGAGUUUCCGUUUCAAAAGAUGCAGAAGGAGCUAUUUAUCCUUCAGAUCCCAAAGAGAAUAUAACUCAUGGCAAAGCAGUUGAACCAGGACAGGUCUACACAUAUAAAUGGACUGUGCUGGAUACAGAUGAACCUACAGUAAAGGAUUCUGAGUGCAUUACUAAAUUAUAUCAUAGUGCUGUGGACAUGACAAGAGAUAUUGCUUCAGGACUUAUUGGGCCACUUCUGGUUUGUAAACGCAAGGCACUCAGCGUCAAGGGGGUACAGAAUUCAGCUGAUGUGGAACAGCAUGCAGUCUUCGCAGUGUUUGAUGAAAACAAGAGCUGGUACUUGGAAGACAAUAUCAAGAAAUACUGCAGCAAUCCUUCCACUGUUAAGAAAGAUGACCCUAAAUUUUACAAGUCCAAUGUUAUGUACACACUCAAUGGCUAUGCAUCAGAUAGAACAGAGGUUUUGAGGUUUCAUCAGUCUGAAGUUGUUCAAUGGCACCUCACCAGCGUAGGUACAGUGGAUGAGAUUGUUCCAGUACAUCUUUCUGGUCACACCUUCUUAUCCAAGGGAAAACAUCAAGAUAUUUUAAAUCUUUUCCCCAUGAGUGGUGAAUCUGCUACUGUAACAAUGGACAAUCUAGGAACCUGGCUUCUGUCAUCAUGGGGCUCCUGUGAGAUGAGCAAUGGCAUGAGAUUGAGAUUUUUGGAUGCCAAUUAUGAUGAUGAAGAUGAGGGAAAUGAAGAAGAGGAAGAAGAUGAUGGUGAUAUUUUUGCCGACAUUUUCAUUCCUUCAGAAGUAGUAAAAAAGAAAGAAGAGGUUCCCGUAAAUUUUGUACCAGACCCAGAAUCGGAUGCGCUAGCAAAAGAAUUAGGAUUAAUAGAUGACGAGGGUAAUCCAAUAAUACAGCCACGCAGGGAACAGACAGAGGAUGAUGAAGAACAGCUAAUGAAAGCUUCAAUGCUUGGGCUUCGAUCAUUUAAGGGGUCAGUUGCUGAAGAAGAAUUGAAACACACAGCUCUAGCUUUAGAAGAAGAUGCCCAUGCUUCUGGUGAGUUAUCUUUAAACACUCAUCUAGUGUUGAUAAACAGCACUGAUGCUAUGCGUGGUAAUGAAGAACUGGGAACUCAGAAUAACUCUUAGGUAAAUGCAUCUGAGACAAUCUAUGCUAAUUAUACAUCUUCGACAGGAGAAAUUUUAAUUUCAAUUAUCACUGCAAUGAUUGGCAUCUUGCUAUCUAAGAAAAGCCAAAAUGAAGAGAAUAUUACUCAGAUUUCAGAUAGCUACAAGGAAAUGCUUGCUGCUGAAUAUUUAAAAGCAGGCAGAGGUCUUCAGAGCAAAGAUAUAGAAGAUUUAAUGUCCCCUGAAAUAAUCCCUUCCCUGAAAGAGCAAGAAGAAAAUACAUUUGAAAAUGAUAUUUGGGAUAAAAAGGGAGAAAGACAAAUUCUGACAGAAGCAACUUUGCAUGCUCUUAAAGAGAUGCAUGCUCUAUUUUUUUAUGUACAAUAAAAGAGAAAUCUUUCUGCUUUCAACAUCACAAGUGAGGGCAUGAAAUUUCUUUCUAGUACAGAAAAUGAUACCAUAGAUAACUCAAAAGCCAAUUACUUUUUAUAUGAUUAUGAUUAUAAAGAAGAAGAAGCAACAGCAGCAGCAAAUGUUGAGUUUUCCAAAGUUAUAAUAAAUACAAUUUCAGAUGAUAAAAAAACAGUGGAGAACAAUGGAUCUGAGGUAAACCUUGUUUCUGUACCUUCUAUAAUGCUACAACCUGAAAAUUUGACUUCAGAUGCCACAUUAGAUAAUUUUGUUUCUACAACAAUUUCGAAGACUACGAAGACUUGGAACAGUUCAUUUCACCAGAGACAGAAAUGCCUUCCUAAAAACACAGACAUGGAAUGGAAGAAAGAAAAUUACGAUACAUUAGCAGAUAUCCCUAAUGAUGUUGACAAUAAAUUCCAGAACAGCAGCAGAAAUGCCUCAUUUUAUCAAGAAAAUGCCAUGUUCCCUGGAAAGAGAAAAGAUAACUCUAAUGGUCAACUUGAGUUGGGCCAACCAGGAAUUACUAACAAACAUGAUUCUCAGAAAGAUGAGAACUGCACUAUCAAUAUAUCUCAAUCUUUUAUAAAAAUCCAACGAAAGAAAAAAAAGCCAAAAGUUUUAACUCCAAGGACUUCCAAGCAUCUAGAGUUACCUAGAAAUCUCAACAAUUCCCAACUUUCUAAUAAACCCAACCACACAAAAUUGUUAAAUGAGGCCAAAUUGACACGAAAACAGGACAAGCUUAUUGUUACAAUAGGUCUUCCAGUGGAAGAUGGUGACUAUCAGGAAUAUGAGAUAGAUAAUACAGACAAUGAUAAGAGUAGCAGUGGUUCAUUUGAGUAUGAGUUAAUGUAUUAUAAUAAUCCAUAUACCACAGAUCCUCGAAUUGACAGUAAUAGUGCACGUAAUCCUGAUGACAUAGCUGGACGCUACCUGCGUACUAUCAACCGUGGAAAUAAAAGGAGGUACUACAUUGCAGCAGAAGAAGUUUUGUGGGACUACUCACCGAUCGGAAAAAG